AUGGAGAAGAGGUUUCAGUGUAUUGUGCAUCAUGGUGGUGAGAUUUCUAAAGAGUUUUCUAAGUUUUCCAAGUUAGGUUGGUUAGAGGAAAUUUGGAAUGUUAAUCCUGAUUAUUUGAGUUAUUUUGAAAUUUUAGACAAGUUAAAAGACUUGGGUUAUCCAAUUGUAACUAGUCUUUGGUAUUAUGAUGAAAUGGAUGUUAAUGACAUUAUUCUGUUGGAAAAUGAAAAAGGAAUUAGGAGGAUGAAAACAAUUGUAGUUGUGACUAAGACAUGUCAUUUAUGUUAUUCAUCCUCUUUCACAACCUGGCGUUAUUGA